GAGCAGUUCGUGAUUAGCAUUUAGCAGUUUCCCUAUUCCUCCCUCCCACCCCUCCCCAUCCUCCCUGAUGAUCCCUCCGCUCCACUAGUCGUAUCUCCGCUCUCCUCCCACCCUCCCCUCUCCCCGCGCACCCGCUCCUCGGCCGGCGGCCCCUCAAACCCUAGCCCCGAGCGCGAGCGCGGCGGAGAUGGAGCAGCACGUGCUGGUGGCGCUCGCCCUCUCUUUCGUCGGCGGCCUCAGCACCUCCCUCGGUGCGCUGCUUGUGAUCGUCAACCCUUCCCCUGACCUCAAGAGGCUCGGCCUCCUCCAGGGUUUUGCUGCUGGACUUAUGUUGAGCAUCUCGUUUCUAGACUUGGCACACAACGCACUCAACUCCAUUGGCUUCUUGAAGGCCAAUCUAUGGUUUUUUGCAGGAGUUCUUUUCUUUGGGUUCGUUGUCAAGUUUAUUCCAGAGCCAACCUUUGUGCCAACAACUGAUGCAAGCAAGAAAAAGCAGACUGAUGAUGACGGGUCGGGCAAAGAUAUGAUGAAAAAACAUCGCCGCCAAGUCUUAUUCAGUGGCAUCAUUACUGCUGUUGGAAUUAGCUUGCACAAUUUUCCUGAGGGAAUGGCGGUAUUUCUUGGAUCCGUGAAGGGUCUUCGCGUGGGAGUUAACUUGGCUAUUGCUAUUGCUUUACAUAACAUACCCGAGGGGGUUGCUGUAGCUCUGCCGCUCUAUUUUGCUACCAAAAGCAAAUGGCAAGCAUUUAAAUAUGCAACACUCUCUGGUUUGGCUGAGCCACUAGGGGUAUUUUUUGUAGCUGUCUUGUUUCCGAGCAACUUAAAUCCUGAAAUUCUUGAAGGCCUACUUGCAUCAGUUGGUGGUGUUAUGGCUUUCCUCACUUUGCAUGAGUUGUUACCUCUAGCAUUUGACUAUGCUGGUCAGAAGCAAGCUGUCAAAGCAGUCUUUGUUGGCAUGGCCGUCAUGUCUGCGAGCUUGUAUUUCCUGGAGAUCAGCCUACCCAAGGAGAUCAGCUUGUAACAUAUGACCGCACCGCUGCAACUAUACCAGCUGUUCAUAGUGUCCUCUGAAGCCUGAGAACUUCGCCAUACAUCAACCGUUUCUUGCGAUCUGCAAGGCAAGGGGCGUGGGGUUUGGAAGGUUCGUUGCUCAGAAGCAAGAAUUAUGGCCAGAACGUUGCAUUGGCCACGUGUAGCAUACACUAUAACUCCUGGUCAUUGUGUCUGACAGUUUUACUAGGAAAAAACAGCAGUGUGGCGACCCGUAUGUGGUGGCUGGACAUCCCUCACUUUGUUGUUUCAGAAAACCAUAUGUGGUGACGGGUAUCUGAAUACAACCAUCGGGCUUGUUGUCCAGUAACAGGAUGCAACUAGAACAGAUUUGCGGCUCUUUUGUCAAUUUGACACGUUAAAAACCUGCCCACAAUCAUGGCCUGCAGGCUGUAAUUGCCCUGUUAACCCUUGAUUCUGCUCCAAGUUUAUACAUCUUCAAUUUCUUUUGCUCUUGA